AUGAGCAGCGCCAGACACCACGGCGCCGACAGGGCCAGUCCCUCGUCCGCCGCCUCGUCGUCCGCGUCGUCCCCGUCGUCCCCAACUCGUACACCUCGAACACCCCGUCUCGCCAUCCCCCGCGAUGCCCGCCCUCUACUCCCGCGCAGUCCCUCUGCCCUGCUCUUCCCGCCUGCGCCUGCGCCCCCGCCUUUGCACAUCACCAUACGCUUCAGCAUCGCCCUGCCGGAUCUACAUCUUGACAUCCCGCUGCCGCAGCAGACGACCGUUGUGGCGCUGAAGCACCUUAUUCGCGGGCGGCUUGCUGCAGCAGCAGAGGCAGAGGCAGGGACUGAGUCGGAAGACGAUACGAAAGACGAGACCUCAACCCAGGCCUCCCUCGCCCGCCUCCGCUUCAUCCACAACGGCCGCAUCCUCCCCGACGCAGCAGCCCUCAGCGCGGUACUCAAAGCCCCCCCACCACCUCCCCUCUCCGCCCGGUCCGAUUCCAAAGGCAAAUCCCCCGCCGGCAUCCAGCAGCAACAGCGCGUCUUCAUCAACUGCAGCAUCGGUGACCCCCUGCCCGCAUCCGAUAUCACCACCGAAGCCACAGCCGCCACCGCCCCGCCGGCCUUGUCCCCGUCUCCAUCGCCUAUUCCCUCUUCAUUGGGUUCCAAACCCGGUAGCACACCCCCCCAUCUCUCAGUCAACACCAACCUGGCCCCCCAUUCUCUCAGAACCCCCACCACUGCCACCACCACAGACCGAGAAAGAGACCGCGCAACAGGAGCAGCACCCCUAGGCUUCGACCGCCUAACCCAAGCCGGCCUCACCCCCUCCGAAAUCUCCACCCUCCGCUCCCACUUCCGCGCCAUCCACACCUCCCGUUUCGCUCCCGACACCAUGCCCUCGCCCGACACCCUGCGCGCCAUGGAAGACGCCUGGCUCGAUGGGGGUUCUCAUCUGCCUACUACCGCUACUUCCUCCUCUCCCUACGGCAGUAACCUCAAUAAUAAUGGAGAGGGAGAAGGGGAAGGAGGAGGAGGGGGAGUGGAUGAUGUAUUUGGACUGGCGGCGGUGGCGGGACCGUUGAUUCAGGGGAUGUUGGUGGGGUUUGUGUUUCCUUUGGGGGUGAUUGGGUGGUUGGGGAAGGAGGAGGGGGUGUGGUCGAGGAGGAUGCAGGUUUUUGUGGUGUUUGGGGUGUUGUUGAGUGUGUCGGUGGGUUGGGUGAGGGGGUUGACGGGGGAGGGUUAA